AUGAAAGUGAAAGAAGAAGGACAAGAUCUGAACGAGGUGGAGGAGGAACAUCAGGAUGUCAGUGGAGAAACUACUGAGGUCAAAAGGCCUUUCAGCUGCUCUCGGUGUGGAAAGGUGUACAAACAUAAAAGAAGCCUUAAUAAACACAUGAGAAUUCAUAGCGAGGAAAAGCCAUUCGUCUGCUCUCAGUGCGGAAACACGUUCAAGCGUAGAGGAGGCUUCAUGAAACACAUGAGAAUUCAUGGCGAGAAAAGGCCAUUCGUCUGCUCUCAGUGCGGAAAAGCUUUCACGUGUAACAAAAACCUUAAAGAUCACUUGUUAAUUCACGCCGGGAUAAAACCUUUCAGCUGCUCUGAGUGCGGGAAGAGAUUUACGCAAAAAGUGCAUCUUGAGAAUCAUCUGGUAACUCACUCUUCAGAGAAGCCUUUCAGCUGCUCUCGGUGCGGAAGCACUUUCACUCGUAAAGCGAGCUUUCAUCAGCACAUGUUAAUUCAUAAUGAAAUAAAGCCUUUCGGCUGCUCUCAGUGUGAAAAGAGUUUCACGCAGAAAGUACACCUUGACAAUCAUUUAGUGACACACUCCUCAGAAAAGCCUUUCAGCUGCUCUCAGUGCGGGAAGAGUUUCACACGCAAAGCUAGUCUUGAGAAGCACGUGUUGAUUCACGCCGGGAUAAAGCCCUUCAGCUGCUCGGAGUGUGGGAAGAGUUUCGUAUGUAAAGAAAUCCUGAGGAAUCACAUGGUAGUUCAUACUGGGAUAAAACCUUUCAGCUGCUCUCAGUGUGGAAAGACUUUCACGCAGAAAGGACACCUUAAGGAUCAUCUGGUAACUCACUCUUCGGAAAACCCUUUCACUUGCUCUCAGUGCGGGAAGAGUUUCACGUGUAAAGGAUACCUUAAGACUCACAUGUUAAUUCAUGCUGAAAUAAAGCCUUUUACCUGCUCUCAGUGUGGGAAGGGUUUCAUAUGCAGAGGAAACCUGAGGAAUCACAUG